AUGAAUAAAGUACUGAAAGCAGCAUGGUUUGCCACCAAAGUAGGCAUUGGUGGCGGAGUAGUGUACAUCACAAUCGACCAAGGGAUAUGGGGCAAUAGUCACCAGUCUUCUGCUGUAUAUGAUAGGUUGUAUGACAUCAUGCCAGGAACGAAGAAAGUAUCAGAAAAGUACUUAUUGCUGCCAAAACCAGAUGAUGUCAACGUAAACUUCAGAAGUUACUGGAACAGUGGUGUGUUUUACACAUUUGAUUUUGUUGCAAAUAUCCCACAAAAAAUUGGUAAUGUGAAGAAUAUGGUUGUAGGUUUUGUUUCUUCUAGUGCACAGUCUAGUUCCCCAGCUGACACCCCUAAACCAGAGGCCACUUCUAAAACAGAAGAGACUCCUGCAGAAGAAAAUAGUGCGGAACAUGCUGCUCCUGCAGAAACUGUUACCCCUCCUUCAGAUGCACCACAAUCUGAAGAGAAGGUUGAGUGAUAUUUAAGAGUUAUAAUAUGUUGUAUUUAUCGUAUUUCUAAUUUUCCAUCUUGUAUAUAGAGAAGUAAAUGAUAUGAAAAAAUU